AUGCCGCCGUCGGAAAGCCCGUAUGUCGAUGUUCCGCUCAAUCUCGGGAGGAAGAACAUCAGGCUGGUGACCCUGCAGCCCGGCGACGCGUCGGAAUCCAUCAAAUGCGAUCUGCAGAGCCACGCGCUGGAUGACGAGUGUCCAGCGUACGUCGCUCUUUCGUAUGCAUGGGGUGCCAAAGAGCGAUAUGACGAUAUUCAUAUCAAUGGCAUGUCUUUCACAGUCGGUCGCAAUCUGUGGCACUUCCUCCACCAAAUGCGCGUGCAGCGUCAGGAUGCCCUCUUCUGGAUAGACGCUAUCAGCAUCGAUCAAGCGAAUGUACUCGAGCAGAAUCACCAAGUACAGAUGAUGAGGGAGAUCUACACACAAGCUUGUUCCGUGUGGAUCUGGCUUGGCGAAGCAGAUGAUGCCACAAUGAGCGAUGUCGCGAUGCAGUACUUGAAAACGCGGGUGGCUUUGGAUGGCAACGACGUCAACCCAAAGAAGUUAUGGAACGCACGCAAAGCGAAAGCUAUAUUGGGGCUGUGUGAAAAGGAAUACUGGAAAAGGAUCUGGAUUGUGCAAGAAGUUUUACUGGCAAGAGAGGCAAAAGUUCUAUGUGGAGGCCACUGCGUGCAGUGGAUCAAACUACAGCAACUAUUGGCCGACCUCCAAGCCAUCUCGGACAGAGGGAGAGCUCUUCAUGUCGUCGGCGUACCGGCUGUUCUCGAUAGUCCCGCCGCAGUAAUAAGCAGGGCGAAAGCUCAAUGGAACGGCGAUCCUCAACCCCUCACAUUGCUGCUUGAGCAAUAUCACAGACAGCAUUCGACUGAUGUCAGAGACAAGAUCUACGCUUUACAUGGACUAGCAAGUGAUAGUAGUAUCAUACCCAUCGACUACCGGAUCGACCCGAAAGAACUCUUCGUGCAGAUUGUCCAGCAUGCAUGCUCGUCACUAGCAUUCGGAACGGACAUGAAGAAAUUGAGGAGGGACCUGUUUGGAUUUGCAAAUUUGAUGCGCGGAUCUCUUAAGGUCUUCUGUGAUGAGGAAGAGCUGAGCGAUCACAUCUCAGUGGCUCAGUGGAAAAGCAGUCACUUGUGCCAGCGACACUUGUACUACGACCGGGCCUCCAAAUCAUCAGCUGCGCAAGCGCUAAGAACAGAGGGCCCAUAUGCUGCGCCGCAAUCUCUGCCGCAAUUCAUUGUCAACGAUACAGGCGAGAGGACUUGCGCAAGGUGCAUAGGAAAUCGAAGGAGAGCUAGCCAGGAGCGAAGAGACAUCGAGCGGGGAUGUUUGCAGUACAGAUUGAAAGAGCUCCGUGACAAGCAGACGCACGGAGACCUUGAACUCGAGUGCAUCAUUGACGGCUGCUACGACCGCUUCGACCACUACAAACAAGUGCGGCAUCAUGUCCGACACUUUCAUCGAAACAAAUUGUGGUCACCGGAUAACCAGCUUCGACAGCCAUGA